AUGUCUGUAAAACAAAAAGAAAUUAAUGACGCUAUUACUUUACAUAGAACAAAAAUUCAUGAAAAUAGGAUUGAAGCUUUAAAAGUUUUCCAAAAAUAUAAAGUAUCUUAUUGGUUGGCGAUUUAUUAUGAAAAAGGAUAUGGUGGUCUCGAAAUUGACGAAAAUAAAGCUUUGAAAUAUUAUCGUAUUUCCACUUUGAAAGGUGUAUCUAAUUCAGCAUUAAAAGAAGCUCUUCUUUUGUUAAAGACACAUAAAGAAAAUGAAAGUGAUGAAUUUAAUCUAUUGAUAACAACUUUAAUUAAAAAAUCUGCAAAUUAUCAAAAUAUCGAUGCUUGUUAUUAUUAUGGUGAUAUUUUACUUCAUGGAAAAUACGGAAAUGAAGUAGAUUCUUAUAUUGCAUUCAAAUAUUUAGAAUACGCAGCAAAUAAUGGUAAUGAUAAAGCUAAAGAAUUAAUUGAUUAUAGAGAAAUUUAUAAUGAAAUUAAUAAUGAUUAUACCAUUAUUUAUUUUCCGAAAUAA